AUGACAACAUCAUAUUUACUAAACGAGACAAAAAAUGAUGCACCAAAUGGUAACACAGUGGCAUCGCUGGUAAAACAAGAUGAACUACCUCUUCCUAUGUCCUCAACAUCAUCUCGGCGUUCGCCUUCAAUGCCCUCUUAUGGUUCAUCAUCGUCUAGUUUACAAGAACUAAUUCGUGUUAUUACUGGUUGUGCAAUAAAUAUUUUAUCCUCUAUUGGUAUUAUAUUUUUAAACAAAUAUAUUUUCAAAAAAUGUCACAUAAAAACGAUGACAUUAACCGCUAUACAAAUGUUAUUUACAUCAGUUGGCCUAUUAAUUUGUUUACAAUUCAAUACAUUUACAAGAAAACAGAUACCAAUACAAAAAGUAUUACCAUUAUCGAUAGCAUUUUGUGGCUUUGUUGUAUUCACAAAUCUUUCAUUAGAAUACAAUACAAUUGGAACAUAUCAGUUAUUUAAAGUAUUAACAACACCAGUUGUAGCUCUUAUUAGUUGGUAUCAUUAUAAAACAAAAUAUUCACGAGCAGUUGCUCUAACAUUAAUACCAGUUGUUGUUGGUGUUUGUACGCAUUCUGUUAAUGAUAUUGAACUAACAAUAUUUGGUACAAUAAUAGCGAGUAGCGGAGUAUUAGCAGCAUCAAUUUAUCAAGUUUGGGUUGGUGAAAAACAAAAAGAAUUUGAUAUGAAUUCUCAGCAAUUAUUAUUUUAUCAAGCACCAUUGUCAGCUGUGUUACUCAUUCCAUUAAUUUUAAUAUCAGAAACAUUUCCGACCUAUUCUACAACAAAAGAACAACGAAAUGCUAUGAUGGCUGUUUUUGUAUCUGGUAUUCUUGCAUUUGUCGUCAAUUUAUCCGUUUAUUGGGUAAUAAGAAAUACAUCAGCUUUAACAUAUAAUAUGAUUGGUCAUAUGAAAACAAUUUCAAUAUUAGUUGGUGGUUUUAUGAUAUUUAAAGAUGAUCUCAAUAUAAGACAAUUUUUCGGUAUUAUGUUAACAUUGUUCGGUCUGUUUACAUAUACAUUUGUCAGAAUGAGCGAAUUAAAUCAAUUACCAUGUAAAUCGUGGAAUUAUGUCCCAUUACCAAUAACACCAAACUCUGUUUAA